AGAGAGAGAGAGGGAGGAAGAGAGGGAGGAGGGGGAGAGUAAAGCCAGAAAAAUCACCUUCCAAAGCAAAACAACAGCCGGCAGAAAGUGGAGACACGACAGAAGACUAGGAAAAGUGGACACGAGUCCUUACUGGAUGCCUUUAAAACGGAUAAAGAAAGCAUACAGAGACACAGCUGGGUCAUGGAGGGAGGAGAGGAGCGAGGGAUGGAGGGACGAGUGUGCAGGCUUUCGGCUCUGCAGCAACAACUGCUCUGCUCUCUGUUGGGUUCUGGUGUGACCCGUGAAGUGCUGAUCCAGGCAGUCGGUGAGCUGGAGAGAGAGCGGAACCGACCCGGAACUGGGGCGGGAGGUGGCGUCGGGGCAGAACGCGGGGAAGCAGCCGAGCGGACGGAUGGAGAAAGCUCAGAGGAUGGAGACUCAGACUUCCCUCCACCCAUCUUCAGGGAGAUUGAGAAACUACCUCCAGAGGAAGCAGCUAGGCAGAGGGCUGAAGUGGAGCAGAUGCUGCAAGAGGACCCGUGGCGUGUGGCAAAGAUGAUAAAGAGCUACAUGCAGCAGCACAAUCUUCCUCAGAGGGAGGUGGUGGAUGCGACGGGACUGAAUCAGUCUCAUCUGUCACAGCACCUGAACAAAGGAACGCCCAUGAAGAACCAGAAACGAGCUGCACUCUACAGCUGGUACGUCAAGAAACAGGACGAGAUCAGCCAGCAGUUCACCAAUGCGAGGAGAGGAUUGGCUCUGGGGGAGGAGCCUAUUGAAGAAAUCAGGAAGGGGCGGAGAAACCGGUUUAAAUGGGGUCCGGCGUCACAGCAGAUACUGUUCCAGGCCUACGAGCGUCAGAAAAACCCGAGUAAGGAGGAGAGAGAGGGACUGGUGGAGGAGUGUAACCGUGCUGAGUGUUUGCAGAGGGGCGUGUCUCCAUCACAGUUGGCCGGUUUGGGUUCGAACCUUGUAACAGAAGUACGUGUUUAUAACUGGUUCGCUAAUCGCCGUAAAGAAGAAGCUUUUCGCCACAAACUGGCACUCGACCCACCUUAUAGCAGCCAAUCAGCAUCCGGGGCAGAGCACAACAUCCCGCCCACUUCCACACAAGGUCUGAAGUUCACUUCCUCUGUAGUGUGUGAGGGCAUUGGGGCACUGCGGGCUGCUGGGAACAUCGAAAGAACCGACGUAGGACACCUGGGGACAGGUCUGGUCCAGCUGGAGCCGAGUCACACGCUUCUGGAAGCACAUCAGCACAAACUGGUAUCAGGAGGAGGGUCUUUACCACCUGUUAGCACUCUCACCUCUCUCCAUGGCAUGUCUCACACACACUCCGGCUCACAGGGUCUCAUCAUGGCCUCCUUACCCAGCGUCAUGAGCCUGGGGGACUCCUCUCUGCUCAUAGGUCUCACGUCCGCUCAGCCACAGACAGUUCCUGUCAUCAACAAUGUAGGGGGCGGGUUCACUACGCUCCAGCCAAUCACCUUCCAGCAGCAGCUCCAUGCAUCUCCCCAGCAGCCAAUCACGCAGCAGCUGCCAAGUCACAUGACCUCGAGUCCCUUCAUGGCCACGAUGGCACCACUGCCUUGUCACAUGUACAGUAAGACAGAUCUGACGUCGUAUACCUCCUCCAGCCUCCUGUCCCAGGCGAUGGUCAUCGCUGACAGCAGCAGCAUCGGAACCCUCGCUAAUCUCACCACAGUCCGACAGACGCUGAGCUCAGACCAUGAAGAACACACAAACACAUCGAUCGAUGAGGAGUCACUACACCUUCAGUCCAACUCUCCAACACCAGUGUCCUCCAGCAGUCUGGAUCUUUAUCCUCAAAGCCAGUCGAGUGAGACUCACACCUCCCACCUGCUCUCACCCUCACCUGGAGACAUCGGCCCCUACAUACCCACACAGAUGGUUUCUACUGCUCAGUAACAGGCCGCCAGCUCAGCGGCGCGUACCGUCAGUGCCCCGUGAUUAUCUGAAUAUUUGUAAUGUAUUAUUGUUUCAGUGACGAAGGAAAACCCUCGCAGACCGAUGGACAGUAACCGAUGCUGCCUUUGUGUGUCUGUGAAGCUGGAAAGUGCUGAGGGAUUAGUAAUGUCAGUGAGGAGAACAAAAAGUCAGUCAGUGCUGGUGCAAUGUGGGCGGAGCAUGUGUUCAAUUUGAUCAGCCAAUCACAAACUUGAUCAACACUAUCGUUUCUUUUCAUCUCGAAGCUGCCGAGUUUAAAACGUGGGUCCGAGUUCCUCUAUAUAACGUCAGGUAGCUGAUUAACUCUGACGUGAAGUAGCGAGCCAGCGCUAACGUUACGAGCCCGAUGAUGUCGACAAGUGACAGUUAAUUGUUGUUAAACACGUCGUUUUCUCUGUAAAUAUUACUUUGAUGUAUAAAACUAAUUAAAAUUGCAUAAGAAACAGAAAA